ACAUUCUUAAUUUAUAUUUCACAUGAUUUUCUGAUAUUUUGUAUGAUUCGUUUAAUUAACAUGCAGUAUAGUAUAAUAAUUAAUAUAACAUAAUAUGUAACUAGUCUAUAAAAUAUCGUAUUACUAAAUUUUAUGAAUAACUCGUAAAUAUGGAUAUCCCAGUACAAAUAGCUAUUCGACUUAAGCCUCCAAGUAUAGCUGAUUCUCUACAGUGCAUAUUCAGUAAUCCAGUAACACAAAUCGUCAUUACUGAAAGUGGUCAGACAUUUCACGUAAAUCGAGCACUGCCAGGAGAUUGCACGCAAGCUCACCUCUUCAAUUCGUUUAUGAUACCUCAAAUUAACUGCUUCUUAGAUGGAUGUGAUACUUCAGUGGUCGUUUUCGGUCAGGCAAAAUCUGGAAAAACUUACACUCUGUUUGGGCCAGGUUUUGAAUGUAUACAUAGUGAAUGUGAUCAAGGAAUAGUGCCACGGUUUUUGACUGAAAUUUUUCAUAGGCUUGGACAAAUGCCUGAAAGAGAGUAUAUUUUACAUAUAACCUGGAUGCAAGUAGUCAACAAUAAUAUAUUUGAUGUAUUGGGUGCUGGCUUGGUAAAGUGUUCUAAUGUCGAAGAAGCUUUUCAGUACCUUCAGUUAGGAUGGAGACAAAGAUGUCAUGGAAACAAUCAUACAGUUUUUACUGUGAGUAUGGAACAGAAGUGGGUGGGUACUAAUGGUGUUCUCAACCAUAGAAUGUCUACUGCUAGUUUUUGUGAUCUAGCAGCUUAUCCGGAACCAGGGAUCAUUGCUUUAGAAAACAUAAUCAAAGAGUUAGUAGCAGGAAAUCCACCUAAACAAAUAAACUAUGAUAGAUGUAUUCUAACUGCCAUGCUAAGAGACUCAUUUGGUGGUAGAGCAUUCACAUGGGUCAUAGGAUGUAUAAGUACAGAGCCAGAUGAUUACCAAGAUACUUUAAAGAUACUCAAUUUGAGCUUGUGUUGUCGAGGCAUUAAGAAUUAUGUUACUGUAAAUUUAUUUGCUGACAAUAAUACCCCUGUAUAUACAGAGAAAACUCCCACAGACAAUACAUUCAAUCUACAAUUUGCUACAACACAAUGGAUAAAAUUGGUAUCAAAUGCAGAAGGUCUUUUUAAUAAAAUAUUACAAUCAAAGUCUUUGUCUGAAGCCGAUAUGAAUCAAGUGAGCGAAUGGUUGUUUUUAAAAGCUGAAUGUGAUGAGUGCUUAAACAAUGACAUGACAGCAGAUAAUAAGGAAAGUGGCACAAAACAGGGCUUACCUAGAAUAGCUGAGGAUACUGAACCAAGUGAACCGAGUGAAUCAGAUGUUGAAUCUGACUCUGAAGAUAGUGAUUCUGAAAUACUUUUUCAAGACAAACUAGAAAAAUUAAUGGAAUAUUUUAGAGAGAAAAAUGACCAAUUGUUUGCAGAUAGAUGCGAAGAGUAUUUGAAUCACAUUGAUUCAGAUGAUAUAACAAUAUCAGAAACAAGUGGAUCACAAUCAUUACCAAUAAUGACAUCUCAGUCAAAUUCCGGUAGAAGAAGAACUAUUCAGCCUGGGGAGAGUUUAUCUGGUGCUCAAUUAGAAUUAUUAAGAAAGGUAGCAGCAAAGGCCAUAUCACCUGAAUCUCAGAAAAUAAUAAUAGAGUCUCACAAAAAAGAUAUAGAUCCAGAGCCUAAAUUAAUAGAAAGAGAAUUAUUAAAGAUGAUUGACUCACCAAAGACAAAUGAAAUAUGUAAAAAGUAUAAAAUAACUAAAGAAAAAUACACACAAAAGCAAAUCUUAGCAAGAAAGUUAUCAAAAGAAAUAAGUAGCAGUCAAACUCAGUUAAAAGAAUUAAUAAAUAUAUGUAUAGCAAAACAGCGAUUAAUUGACGACCUCUCAAGAGGAAUAUCGUAUAACUCACGAAGUAAAUUGUAUUCUGAAAAAAAUGAGUCGAAUUUUGUAGAUCAAGAUACAUUAAAAGAAAUUAAAAGACAUGAAAUUAAUUUGAAAACAUACAAGAAACAGAUAGAUCAAAUCAAGCGACAAAUAAAAAAGGAUGAAAAACGGAAAAACACAUUAGACGUAGAACUUCUCAAAGACAAAUUAAAAUUAGACGAACUUUCAGAGUCAUCUCUUGAUGUAAAAGAUAAAAAAUCUCAUUCCAUAAAACAUUUCACUCAUAGAAUAACUCAGCUGGAUAGUAUCUUAAAAGAAAAAACGAAUGAUUUAGCCAAAUUAGAAUUGUCGAAAGAAAAAGAACUUAUGUUAAGAAAAGAAAUAAAAAAUUUGCGCAAAACUAGAGAAUGCUUACAUGAGCAGCGCUGCAGUUUAGGACACAAAAGGAAGAUGUAUAAAUCACUGUCAGACUCUGAGGAACGUAAGCUGCUCGAGUGUGAAGAGGCCAUAGAAGCAAUCGACACCGCAAUUGAAUAUAAAAACAAUUUGAUAUGCGGUAAAUCUCCAUCGGCCUCUCUAUCCGACUCUCAAGACAAUAAGGACAACAGAAGUAGAGGGGAGCAAAUGUUAAUGGCGCGACUGGACAAAUUGUCACAUGACGAAAUGAAAACUUUAUUAUAUAGAUAUUUUCAAAAGGUGGUGGACCUGCGCGGCGCGUGCGCGGCGCUGGAGGCGGGCGCGUGCGCGGCGGCGGAGGAGGCGGGCGUGUGGCGCGCGCGCGCCGUGCAGGCGUGGCGACACGCGCAGCGCGCGCGCCCGCCCGCGCACCACCGAUGUUUGGACGGUGGUAACGCAGAGCGUGCUCUUUCUUUUGGCAUGACUACGGAUACGGAAACGUCGGACGAUGCCUUGCGAUUGGUCGAUCGAGUGAGACAACUCGCCAGAUACCCUCCGGCUCCUGUAAUACCCAGCCAAAACUUGAGACAGCUGAUGCCAGCAACCAAUCUUCCGGUAGCAAAGGUCACAAAGGAGAAGAACAAGUUGGUGAUAGUGCAGCAGAACAAAAAGAACUGAUAUUGGGAAAACUUUUUAUUUUUACCGCUCAAUAUAAUUUUAAUACUCGCUAUUUAUUUAUUAAUUCGGUCUUUAUUCCGAUUUGCUUUAAUCAAUUUUUUGAAAGUUUAAGGUUAUAAAGGUGAAAUUAAUUAAAUACUUGAAAAUACCGCCUAUCCAUUUAACAAUUGCGUGUACAUGGGAAUAAAUUUCAUACUAUAAUAAAACAGUUAAAUAUUAUUUUCACAUGUGACUGACAUUACAAACACUUAAACGGCAUUAUUUAUAAUAUUUAUAUUUCGGUCAUCAAUGGUGUGACAUUCGAAAGAAACUAAUUAACUCCGUUUCACAAUAACCAGCAUUAGAUAUUUAUAGGUAAAACUGUGAAAAAUUGUGAUAUUUCGAGUUUUAUAUUUUAGAAAACUACAUAAUAUUCUCUUUUAAAUGUAAAUGGCGGCGUAUGAUUUCGUAGGCGUCACACUUCUAAUGCGGGCGAUGUAAUUUUGUUAUUAGUAUAUCUAAGUGACUUUAUUAUUAAAUGAAGCUUAAAAUAUAGCCUACAUAGAAAUAAGAAAGUGACAUAGUCUCCAGUAGUUUUUCGUGACACGCGCGCUCACUUAGUCUCUAUUUUAUCAUACUAUGACAGUAAUAAUAAUUGGUAUCGAUAGUGCAAAUGGUGCUAAUUUACAUCUUGACAAUAUUAAUACAAUUUAUACAUUUUGCCUCUGGUUGAAUUUCAUAGUCAAAUUAAAUAUAAAGUUCAUUUCAAUUAACACUUUGACUGCAUAGUUAAUUUACAUAAAAUAAUCUCGAUACAAUAUUUGACGAAUAUACAUUUUCGAGUAACGGUCGCCCGAUGCCACUGCACCCGGAAUCGGGUUCACGCACUAUUGGAUAGGGUUUGUCAACAUUAUUUACUAUACAGUUUUAUUAUGUUAUUUAAAAGAAACAUUCCAAACAUUGUAACGACAUUGUCCUUUGUUUCAUUAUUUUAUUCGCAAUACUGGACUCAAUAAAUUGAUAUUUCCGUAUCCGUAACAGCCUGUGAAUGUCCCACUGCUGGGCUAAAGGCCUCCUCUCCUCUUUUUGAGGAGAAGGUUUGGAGCUUAUUCCACCACGCUGCUCCAAUGCGUGUUGGUAGAAUUCACAUGUGGCAGAAUUUCAGUGAAAUUAGACACAUGCAGGUUUCCUCACGAUGUUUUCCUUCACCGUAAAGCACGAGAUGAAUUAUAAUCACAAAUUAAGCACAUGAAAAUUCAGUGGUGCUUGCCCGGGUUUGAACCCACGAUCAUCGGUUAAGAUUCACGCGUUCUUACCACAGGGCCAUCUCGGCUUCUAUUGAUAUUUAUGUUUCGUUUAUUUAAUAACAUUCGUAAAAACAAAUAACGGUAUACUUAUUUUUUUUUAAAUAAAGUAUCUAUGAAUAAUGUAAUUGCAAUUAAAUAAAUAAUUUAGUAAAUAUUGUAAAAAAACAAUUAUGGUUUAAUUAUUUGCAUCGACUAGAAUAUAAUUAGUUAUUUCUAUUUAUUGUGUUAAUAUACGUAACGCCUAAUUUUUUCCAGUUUUGUAAAUAAAAAACUAGAAAUUUAUCGCUUUUUGAGCGAGAGCUCGCGGUCGCGUAAUGUCAUCUAUAGUCGUGAGGCAUACGGACGAAAUACGUUUCGACUACAAAUUCGAGUAGAUGGCAGUGAAAGUGUUUAUCGAUGAUGUUUGACUCGAGCAAAACACAAAUAAAUGUAAUAUUUGUUUUGCAGUUUUGUAAUUUUAUUUGUUACUUAUAAUAACGCACCUUUUGAAUGUCCUGUGAAACGUUUAAAUUGUUAAAAUGUUAAAUAAAAGUACUUAAAAUACGUAUUUAGGAAAUCUCGUGACUUGUAAUGAAAUAUUUCGAGGUGGUUUUGUAUAAAUAUCAAUAAUUUUCUUGUAAAUUUGUGCACAUAAGAAUUUAGUUCUAGAUCAUGUU